AACCAGCCUCAAAAAACAUUAUAACCUUCAAGCAGAACAUUUUCCUAGGAACGGUAUUGACAUUUGCAGUAAGUGAAUCUUACCAGCAACAAUAUGAGUGACGAGUGGCUUUUUGAUCAGUUAUCGAGUCUUCUUCAGUUCCCUGUACCACAAGACAUGAUAGAUUAUAUAUCCUCCAUAACCAACGCAAGAGACUUGGAGGAUUAUAUGAAAACCCUCCUCGACUAUGAUAAUCCACAGCAUAAGAAGUUUUUACAAACACUGCUUCAUAAAAGAAAAGAAUCAAGCCCAUUUUCUCAUCUGGUUUACGGCUAUAAGAAAAAUGAAGUAGAAGAGGACUAUAUAGCACCUAAAAUGGAGAAGAAGAAAAAAGAAAAGAACAAGUCACAAAAUAAUGCAAAGUCUCAAAAUAAUAUGAAGCCACCUCCAGAACCAUUGCCUGUGGCAGAGACGUCAAAAGAUAAAUCAAAGAAGAAAAAGUAUGUGAAUUUGUAUUCUCAAGAGGGCCAGACUCGAGAUGUCGUAAUGUUGAAAGGUCGGCACAAGUGCGACUGCCAGGCGAGCAAACACAAGUUAAUCAACAAUUGCCUCAAGUGUGGACGGAUUGUGUGCGAACAAGAAGGCUCCGGACCUUGCCUCUUCUGCGGGAAUCUGGUGUGCUCAAGGGAAGAACAAGAAGUUUUGAGUUCCGGCACCAAACAGUCGAGCCACCUGCUGCAGAAGCUGAUGGACAAGAAGCCGGCCGGCUACGACGCGGCCAUUGAGCAACGCAACAGGCUGCUGGAGUAUGACCGAACCAGUGAGAAGAGAACCAGAAUCAUUGAUGAUGAAAGUGACUACUUCUCCACCAAUUCCGUCUGGUUGUCGGCUGCCGAGAGGGAGAAACUGAAGAAGAAAGAAGAAGAAGUUUACGCUCGAAAACAUCAGUCUCGUAGAGAACAGACUCUCACACUCGAUCUAGGAUUGAGGAAGAUGAUAGAGACCAAACCGCAGACAGACUUUGACCUGAACGAGCUGGACGAUGUGUUGAGGGACAUAAGUAGCAGUGUGAACAACUCACAGACCGGAUAUUGUGAGACGGACAACACUGAUCCGACAAUCAACCUACAUCCUAAGUACGACGAGAACGUGAUGUACGAGGUGGAGAGAGGAAGGAGAGGCUCCGGGACCCGAGCAGCUACCUCUGGCACCAAGGUACAAGACAAGGAGUUCCAGGAGAUGGUGGACCUAGGGCUGUGUCUAAGUCUGCACCAGCCGUACGCGUCACUACUGGCUACAGGAGUAAAAGAACAUGAAGGUCGCACUUGGUACUCCUCACAUAGAGGAAGGCUGUGGAUUGCUUCGGCAGCCAAACCUCCGCUGGACUCUGAGAUCAGGGAGAUGGAAACGCUCUACAGGGAGUUGAAAGGAACUAUGAUCUUCCCCCUGACCUACCCGACUGGCUGUCUGCUGGGUUGUGUCAACGUCGUGGAUUGUCUCCCUCAGGAAGAAUACAGGCAAAAAUUCCCGGAUGGGGAGAGCAGCUGUCCCUUUGUCUUCAUCUGUGACAGCCCUCAAGAACUACCUAUCCGCUUCCCAGUGAGUGGGAAACAUAAAAUAUGGAAUUUGGACCCGUUGAUCCACCAGGCAGCUCAAAAAGCUCUUCAGCGAGUCGCCAAAAUAAAAUCGGAGAAGAACAGUCAGUCAUUCCUGAGAAACAAAAUGUUUAAGAAGUUGAGUGAAGAGUUUGUAUAAAGAUGUUUCAUUUGAUUUUAUGUGUAACUGAAAAAAUAUACACAUAACAAGAUGCUUAAAAUUAAA